AUGGGGAGCUCGAGCCCAGUCGGAGCGCACAGACAGACCGAGAGGGAAGACAGGAAAGGCUCCGGUGACUGUGUGUUUUGGGGCUCGUUCCAUUUAUCUCUCUGUCUAGACUCGGGACGUAUUUAUGCCACGACAAGAGAAGAAGAAGUUCAAUCAAUGGCAACUGAAUACACUACUGGAGCCACCAUCAGACGAGACGAUAACACUGGAGCCAUCGUCAUUGCUCGGAUCCUGAGAGGAGGAGCUGCCGAUAGAAGUGGUCUGAUUCAUGUCGGAGACGAACUGAAGGAAGUGAAUGGAAUCCCAGUGGACGACAAGAAACCAGAGGAGAUCAUCAGGAUUCUGGCCCAGUCACAAGGAGCCAUCACCUUCAAAGUGGUCCCAGGAGCCAAAGAGGAGGCCCCCAUCAAGGAGCCCAAGAUCUUUAUGAAGGCCUUCUUUGACUACAACCCGGCGGAGGACACGACCAUACCAUGUGCAGAAGCUGGUCUGGCCUUCAAGAGAGGCACCAUCCUGCACAUAGUGAGCCAGGACGACCCCACCUGGUGGCAGGCCAAGUACCAGGGAGAGGCUAACCCCCGCGCCGGCCUCAUCCCCUCCAAGCAGUUCCAGGAGAGGAGGCUUGCAGUGCGACAGCCCGUCUCGUCCCUCCCCUCGUCCUUCCGUAGUUCCACUCGUCGAUCAUUUUCUACAUGUUUUCACUCCGACUCACAGAUUAUCCUCAGCAGCAGGAAGUCUCUGUCGUCGCGUCAUAACGGACCCUCUGUGUUCAGGCCCCUAGACCCUGAGGGACGGAAACCCAGGUCCUGUGUUAUGGAUGACUGUUGGUACGCAGGUCAGAUUGAGAACCUCGCCUGGGCCUGUGGACGGGUCUUGGUUCGGUCUUGGCUCGGUCUUGGCUCGGUCUUGGCUCAGUCCGGGUGA